GCACUGGGCGUUGAAGCGUCGUCGAGAUCAGAGACCUUCCCGACCAGCACCCAAGGCGAGCCAUGUACACAAAGGGAGGCAUGUGUCUGCGGGUGGUGGUGAUCCUGGCCCUGGCGAUGGUCGCGUCCCCCACCCACGCCGUGCCCAAGAGGGUGGCCAACAGGAUGGUGCCCAGCUGGUGGUCCGUAGCCAAAAACGUAUGCUGGUCUGCGUCCGACUGCGCCACCGACGAGUGUUGCGCGCGGCCCAUGUUGUCCUCCAAGGCCUACUGCAUGCCGAUGAGGAGCCGGGGACAGGUGUGCGACGCUUCCCCCCUCAUGCUCUCCAUCAACAACGGGGUGUACUUCAGCGAUUGCCCGUGCCAGUAUGACCUGACCUGCGCCUCGCUGAGCAACAAGGCCAAGGCGCAGUGUGUUGACCUCCGCACCCUGGAGCUGGACUACCGCAGGAUCUUCGCUCUCACCCUCCCCCCCGCAAGCGAGAACCACUAAACGCCUUCACCUGUCCUACACCUGCCUGCCUACCUGUCCAUCUGCGGCUCCUCUACCUGUCUAUGUUCUCCACUAAGACUACUAUACACCUGGCUGCUUUUCUUCUGUCUACCUGUCUACCUUCACACCUGUACAUUAGGUAUUCUUCUGUCUGUCUAUGGUUCUUAUACGCCUGUCUACCUACACAUGUCUGCAUAUCUACCUGUCUACUCUAAU